AAACUAUUCGAUAGUUUGCAAUAACGAAAAAUAUAACGGAUGUGUACAUAAUUUUCCCAUAAAAAUUAACUCAUGAACGUAAAUUUUGCAAUUAGCCUACCAUCGUCGGCCGUCCAUUCCAUCUCUCGUCCUACGAUCUUAGCCGUCCGUCCUUUCGAGCCGAAUGAUCACCCCUAGCCCUACUCUUCAAGGGGUCAUGGCUACACACUCUCUCUCUACAAAGUUUACUCAUGAAAUCUUACCAGUACUUACUCACUCAUCACCAACAAUAUGGCCUAUCCACCAUUUCCCUCUGUUUGAAAUUGAGUGAGAGAGAGUCCUGCUUCUUCCUCUGUAUUUGAAAGAAGACUGUGAGAGGGGAGAGAGAGAUUCUCCUUCUCCAUUUUAGAGAGAGAAAGUUGGGGUGCUUGGAAGGAGAGAGAGGGUGUACAGGCUGCAGGUUACUCGCGUUACAGCAAGCCACAGAGUACGGUUCUCGUUCUUUCUAUUUCAUUGUUGGGUUAAAUGAUUCUUGUUUUCUUGACGUUUUGUAUUCCUUAAUGGUGUUAUUUGUAUUCGCCUCAGAACUGUUUAUCUUCUUCUAACCCUUCCAAAUCAUGGCUUUGACAAAAGCACAAUCUCUCUCUAAACCCCACUAUUUCAUUUCUUUUGUUGUUCCUCCCUCUCUUUAUUCUUGUGUUGAACAAUUCUCCACAAAACCCCUUUUUCUCUCUUCAUCUCCUUCUUCUCUCACUGAGGAUGCCAUGAGCUUAACUUCUUCCUCUCCUUCUUCAUGGUUAAUCUGCUUAUAAACUCUUUUGGGCUCUCAAAGCAAUCAUCCAUUGCCACAACUUCACAGUUUCUCCACCUCAAAACAGAUGAGAAACCCCUGUCUGUUCCAACCUUCCUUAAAAACAAUGGUUUCGAAGCAACCCACAUCCAUGACAUUAUUGUAGCUGAUGCCGAGAAUACCCUAAAACCCAAAUUGAAAUUGCUCCAAGAUUUGGGUCUUUCUAAAUCUGAACUUGGGGCCUUCACCUCUGCCAAUCCAUCUAUUCUUACUUAUAGCUUAAACAAAACGCUUCUCCCUAGAAUUCUUUUCCUCAAAAGCUAUUUAGGAACCGAUGAAAAUGUCUUAAGGUUUGUCAGAUGUUGUAGUUCGGUAUUGGUGUCUAAUAGAUUGCUGCCCAAUAUAAGGUACUUGGAGAGCCACGGAAUUGGGGGAUUGAAGUUGAAAGCGCUCCUAUUGCAAAGGCCGCAUAUGUUCAAUCGGAAGCUCAGUAGGCUUAAAGAAAUCACAGAAAAAGUUAAGGAAUUGGGUUUUGAAUCUCACUUUAAAAUGUACUCUCAUGCUGUUGGAUUCAUGAGUGCAAUGAGCAAGGAGACAUGGCAGAGGAAAUUCGAGUUCUUUAAGACUUUUGGAUGGUCAGUAGAAGAUAUUUGCGCUGCUUUCCAAACAAUGCCUCUAAUCUUUUCUUUAUCAGAAGAGAAGUUGCAAAAGACUAUGGAUUAUUCUGUUGAUGAGCUUAAAUAUGAUGAGAAAUAUCUGUGUUUUCAUCCACAUAUUUUCAUUUACAGUUUAGAGAGAAGGUUGAUCCCAAGGAUUAAUCUAUUGAAAGUGUUGUGGUCAAGGGAAUUACUGAAAAAGGAUGCCAAUUUAUCGACAGUUAGUGUGUUAUCGGAGAAGGUAUUCUUGGAGAAGUAUGUGCUAAGUUUCCGAGAAGUGGCCGAAAGUUUACUAAAAUUUUGUAAGGGAAACAAGGAAAAUCCAAGAAUUGGUACUGAGUCUGCGGAUCUAAAAAAGGCUUCAUAACCAUUAAAAUCUGAACACCAUGACGCUUGUUUUGUUUAAUACUGAAAAAGAAGAAUUUGUAUGUCAAAUUUCACUUGGAGUUGGCUUCUUUCUAUUUUUUCUUUGUUUCUGCAUUGCAAAAUAUGGGUUAGUAGAUUAUAAAAGGCUGCUAACCUCUACACAAAUGCAAAUUAGCAGGCUAUAAUUUUGGUUUUAUUCUAACCAUGUUAAGGUUUUGUCUAGGAUUUUGUGUGUGUUUUAUUUGUGCAGAAAGUCCACCCAUUUGUUUUGAUUUUCAAACUUUCGAGUGAAAAUGCACUCCCCUCUUACCAAGCUAUGACUUUCUGCCUUAGGCACAAAAAAUUGGUCACCCCCUUUGGGGAUGGAAGUAUACCCUGGUGCGGGAAGGUGAAAACCCAUUUCAGGCCGUAGGCCUUCACUUUCUCUCUUAUUUAUCUCUUCUCUCUCUCACACACACAUUGUGAAUGGAUGAUUUCUCCCAAAAUGAGAGCUGUUGGUUAAUAAGAUUUGAUUGCUUCUUUUUAUGCGAAUACUCUCUCUCUCUCGCUAACUUGGAUUCUGAACCAGAUCCAACCACCUACUCUUCCUAACCCCUCAUUGUGCUCUUUCUCUUCAAAAGUUUCUCCGCUCUCUACUUCUUGGUUUUAGAAACUGGGUUGGAUUGGUUGCAUAAGAAACUAUGGAAUCUAAUGAUGGAGGCAUCAGUUGUUUAGAUAAUAAUUCAACAGGUAGCAGCUACUUUUGUUAAAAGGCAUGUGAUGUGAAUUAGCUAUUAAAAUCUCAUUCAUAGGGUCGAUUUCUUUUUUUUCAAAAUUUUCAUGUCCUCGUCAAAUGCCUCUUUAAUUGGGAAGCUGCCAUUUCAUUGUUUCUUGGACCUUUUUUUAUUAUUCUUGCCUCAAAAAUUGAGUUGGGCUGAUUAUUUGAGAAAUUUUUGGAAUUUAAGUAUUGGGGCAUCGGUUGUGGAGGGAAUAAUUCAAGAAAUGCUUCUCUCAAAAAAAAAAAAUUUCAAGAAAUGUAUCUACAUUUGUCAUGGAUUCUGCAAUUCAAGAAUUCAGAUGGUUCUAAAAAUUGGAUUAAUUUUAAAAACAGGGUUGGCUUGGAGCUCUCUCUACAUAUGACUCUUCAUGUACUCUCCAAAUUCUUGUUUCAUGGAAAGUUAGCAUUUCUCGAGUUCCUCUGCUUCCUUGGAACGUUUGUAAUACAAUGCUUGGGGCUUUAUUAGGGCAAUGCCCGGAAUCAUUUAUGGAAUCUCCUAGCCAUUACUUUUCCAUUAGGACUUGCCCCAUCAUCGGUAUGAACUGUGCAGAUGGUGCAAACUGGCUGCUAUCACAAAAUUCGAGGAAUAUUAAUGAAGACUAAAAAUAUUGUCUUGAUUAUGUUACCUCUGAGUUCUGCUUUUCGUGGAGUUAUGCAGCUGGAAGAUUGGCACUGGUAUUUGAAACUCUACUACUACUGAAACUUGCAUUAUCCAGAUUCUUCAAUGACAGUGGAGGUGAUGAUUGAUGAUACUAAUCUAGUUGAAGGGUGCCUGUUGUUACAACUAAUAUAGGGAGCCUCAUUUGGUUACUAGUCAGACAAGUCAGUUUUCACAUUUGUAGAGAAGCUACCUACGUCCUGAGAUUUAUAAAUGUAACUUGCAAAUGAAAAUACCAUAUGGGGGUCACCAAAUGUUGGACCGACAACACAUGGGUAUGUAUGUUUGUGGGGGUCACCAAAUGUUGGCUCUCAUUAGGCUUCUGCUGAUGCCAUAGAAUUAUCAAAGCCACCCUCCACUAAUGACCUGAAUAUUUACCUUCUCGUUGAUGAGUUGCGUGAAACAAUGCAAGGCUUCGCCCCCAAAUGAAAUCAACUUCCUCUGUAGCCAAAAGAAGUCCAAAUUCCUUGAAACUCUAUAGCAGCCUGCAAACUUGGCAUUUAAUUGGUGGUUUUGCUCUUUAAGGUGAGAAAUGAAGAUGGGGUAGCCUAAAGGGAAUAUAUUUUGCAGGCGAUCCCAUCAAAAUUUGAGAAAAUGGGACAUUUUGUAUUUUGCAAAAAAGCUUUUUGGAGAAGGAAGCUUACCGAAUCAUGGAGGCAAAAGUUCAGCAUAAUUGGAUUCAAGCUUGAGGAUGUGACUGCUAACUUCUUGGAGCUCUUUGCAAUGAAGAAAGUGAAAUUAAAAAUGAGAAGGAAGCUUGUGUCUUCAGUGCAUCUAUACUCGAAGUACGUUGUGGUGCCACAGAAUGAGGAUGUUAUAGAUGAAGAGAAGAAGGUUUCUCGUUCUUCACCAUUUUAGUCCCCUCAAAACUCUGAAAGUGUAGAAUAUAUAGCUUGAGAACGUGAGUAUUUGUCAUUCACCCAUCUUUCAAAUUGGAGGAAAAUUUGGAACUAGACCACGCGAUUCAUGCAAUGGCCACCUUUGUGAUGAUGCUACAUGUGUGAUAGUUUGUGCUAUAGUAUCAUGAUGCAGUAGGCGUUGCUUAACAUUAGCAGGCUUUACUUGAUUGAUGCUGAUAAGGUCCAAAGCAAGGCUUAUAAUGUGCUUUUGAACGCCCAAGAGGCAGCAGCAUGGGCAUUGAAUCCUGGAAAACGAUGGGUGAUGCUUAUUAGGUGGCAAUGGAGGUCGAGGAGAAAGAAGCCCAUGGGUUCUAUUCAAAUUUGACGAAAUUGGUGGGUUCUGGUCCACGGGUUGAGUUUUGAGAGUCCGGUUUGAGCUUGAAUGAGAAGAGUGAAUGAGAGGUGAAACAGGACGAUAUUUAACAUUUCGAUUGUGUUUCUACUCCUCAAGGGUUUGGAGUCAUUCUCUCUUGUCCUUGUCAACACUGUAAUUCUGAGGGAGAAUGCACCUGAGCUGAUGAAUAUCAUUCUUGCCCAUGGUGAGAAUCAUCGCCAACACUGUAAUUGUGAGCUUGAAUGAGAAGCCCAUGCAUUAUGGGGUUUCUUGGUA